ACCCCCAACACUCUAGAGGAACCCUGAGAACUCCUCGGGGAACCCCCAGAGAACCGAUGGGUACUCUACGGGACCUGCAGUACGCCCUGCAGGAGAAGAUCGAGGAGCUGCGGCAGCGCGACACGCUGAUCGACGAGCUGGAGCUGGAGCUGGAUCAGAAGGAUGAGCUGAUCCAGCGGCUGCAGAACGAGCUGGACAAGUACCGCUCUGUGCUCCGGCCCGCCACCGCCCAGCAGGUCCAGGCCCAGCAGCAGAGCCUCGCCAUGCAGCCGGACCAGCACCGCAGCAAACGGCAGGCCAUCUCCGCCGAGCCCACCGCCUGUGACAUCACUGACCUCAGCCAUGUCACCCUGCCCUUCUACCCCAAGAGCCCGCAGUCGAAGGAGCUGAUAAAGGACGCCAUCUUGGAUAAUGACUUCAUGAAGAACCUGGAGCUGUCUCAGAUCCAGGAGAUCGUGGACUGUAUGUACCCGGUGGAUUAUGGGAAAGACGCCUGCAUCAUCAAGGAGGGCGACGUGGGCUCUCUGGUCUACGUGAUGGAAGAGGGGAAGGUGGAGGUGACUAAAGAAGGGAUGAAGCUGUGCACGAUGGGGCCGGGCAAAGUGUUCGGAGAGCUGGCCAUCCUCUACAACUGCACCAGGACGGCGACUGUCAUGACUCUGAUCCAUGUGAAGCUGUGGGCCAUCGACCGUCAGUGUUUCCAGACCAUCAUGAUGAGAACUGGACUCAUCAAACACGCCGAGUACAUGGACUUCCUCAAGAGCGUUCCCACCUUCCAGGGUCUUCCAGAGGAAACUCUCAGUAAACUGGCAGACGUCAUGGAGGAGACUCAUUAUGAAGAUGGAGAGUACAUCAUCAGACAGGGCGCCAGAGGAGACACCUUCUUCAUCAUCAGCAAAGGAAAGGUAAAUGUGACCCAGGAGGAUCCGGCCAGUCAGGAGCAGACGCACCUCAGAGAGCUCAGCAGGGGGGACUGGUUUGGAGAGAGGGCGCUACAGGGUGAGGAUGUGAGAACAGCCAAUGUCAUCGCUGCUGAGGCCGUCACAUGCCUAGUCAUCGACCGAGACUCAUUCAAGCAUCUGAUUGGUGGACUGGACGACGUUUCAAAUAAAGGAUAUGAGGACUCUGAAGCCAAAGCAAAAUAUGAGGCUGAGAACGCCUUCUUUUCCAGCCUGAAGCUGAAGGACUUCAACAUCAUCGACACGCUGGGAGUCGGCGGCUUCGGACGCGUCGAGCUGGUGCAGCUGAAGAGCGAGGAGGCAAAGACGUUCGCCAUGAAGAUCCUGAAGAAACGUCACAUUGUGGACACGAGACAGCAGGAACACAUUCGCGCAGAGAAACACAUCAUGACCGAGGCACACUCUGACUUUGUCGUCAGGUUGUACCGGACGUUUAAAGACAGUAAAUAUCUGUACAUGCUAUUGGAGGCCUGUCUGGGAGGAGAGCUGUGGACGAUACUCAGAGACAGGGGUUCAUUUGAAGAUUCGACCACCAGGUUCUACACGGCGUGUGUGGUCGAAGCCUUCGCCUACCUGCACGCCAAAGGCAUCAUCUACAGAGACCUGAAGCCUGAAAACCUCAUCCUGGACAGUCGAGGAUACGCCAAGCUGGUGGACUUUGGUUUCGCCAAGAAGAUCGGUUUUUGUAAGAAGACGUGGACGUUCUGCGGGACGCCGGAGUACGUUGCUCCAGAGAUCAUCCUCAACAAGGGUCAUGACGUCUCAGCAGAUUACUGGUCUCUGGGCAUCCUGAUGUACGAGCUGCUGACUGGCAGUCCCCCGUUUUCAGGUCCAGAUCCAAUGAAAACCUACAACAUCAUCCUGAGAGGCAUCGACAUGAUCGAGUUCCCCAAGAAGAUCACCAAGAACGCCGCCAACCUCAUAAAGAAGCUCUGCAGAGAUAAUCCCUCAGAGAGACUGGGAAACCUGAAAAAUGGAGUCAAAGACAUCCAGAAGCACAAGUGGUUUGAAGGUUUUAACUGGGAGGGUCUGAGGAAAGGAACUCUGACUCCGCCCAUCACACCUGAUGUCUCCUCUCCGAUUGACACCAGUAACUUCGACAGUUUUCCUGAAGACACUGACGAGCCGCCACCAGACGACAACUCCGGAUGGGAUUACGACUUUUAGUCCAGCUCACACCCAAACCCAAAUCCUGACUCCUUACGGCUGAAGGUGAGGUCCAAAUCUGACAAGACGACGACGACUAACCAGGCUGAACAAAAGACGAACUUCAUGUACCAUUUGGAGGACGUUUUUCCCGGAGCACCUACUGUGACUUUGCCUGUGUUGUUCUGAAAGCAUUGUUGGACCCUGUGGGAGUGAAACCUCCAAUGUUUUGUAGCUACAUGAUGUCCUGAGGUGAUUUAAGUAUUGAGUGUGUUGAAGGCAGCUGAUGGGAAAGAACUGCAGGCCUCUCACAGAUCAAGGCAGUUCGCUCUAACUGGGGGAAACCCGAGCUGCCAGAACAUCUGAGAGCUCGAAGAUCAAGGCGAAGAUCAGUUUCUCAGAGUAGUAAAUAGGUUAUAGAAGUCUCAGAGUAGCACAUAUGUGGUCAAAAGGCAUGUUCUUGACUUUUACGACCUGAGAAAGUCAUCCUCCAGAUUUUAGAGAGCUGUCAGAACUCUUGAACGCCAUCCACAAAAAUGUGCCCAUGGGUCAGAGAAGACCUUUUUGCAAUGCCUAGAAGUGUUUCUUUGAAUCUGGAACAACUCUGAUUAUUUGGCUACAGCUGAACUUUGGGUAUGUUCAUCCAUUAUAAUGCUGUAAGACACUUAUUUACCAAGUCUUCAAGAGCAGUAAAUCAGUCCUAAAAAUCUAUGUGGUUCUCCCUCUCAGCGAGAGAGUGCAAGCAUUUUCUUAGCUUUCAUGACCUGGGAAAAUCAUCCCAGCUCAUCAGAUAUUAAAGAACUGUCACAGCUCUGGAAUGUAAUCACUUCAUAAACACAAUGCCGAGGAGUGACUCAGAGAUCUACGAACCCAGAACAACACAAAUUCCCUGUUUGGCUGCAGCUGAACUUUGGGUAUCUUUACCCAUUAGCAGUUGGUCACACAGCACGGCCUUGCUAUAUGUCCCAUUUUCUGCUGCAACACUUAGAGAUGACUUGGACGUUAGUUAGUGAUGACAGCCGGAAACCUGCUGCUUGAACCCAUCAUUGAAGCCACCAGAGGCUGAAGCUGAUGAAUCUUGAGGGUGUCAAGGGAAUUUUUGUCACAAAGUGCUUCCCAGAGAAAAAUACAAGGCUGGAAUAUCAAACCUGCAAAGUGGGCAUGGUACAUAUCCUUAAAUAAAUUUGUGUUUAAUCAACUGGACAUACGGCAAACCUGAGGCAGGGUGUUGUACCAGUGACAUGCUGGUUGGUUUCUGGGACUCUUGGCAGAAUAAGUUGGGGAAACAUUUAUGGGGCUUUGUGGCAUGGCUGAAACAAGUGAGAACAAACUCACAUCAGUUGACAGCUUCAGAUUGUCCCUUCAGAUACCUCCUAAUGACAUCAAAGACAUCAUGGUCCUGUUUUUUGCAGCCAAUGGAAAGCCUCCUGUCAAGUGUCCUUGAUCACUGGUUGACACUUGACCUUUGACCCCUUCAACAGAGAUUAUACUUAUACCACUGCCUGUCCUGUGAUGUCUGCUGUUUGGGUUUUGGGGAUAUGGAGGCUGUUCUGGAAGUUCUUAGGGGCCAUUCUGACCCUUUGAACACAAGAUGGCUCUCUGAAAGUGGGCUGGAGGAACAACAGUCGCAGGAUGACUUUGUGGUCCAAGGGACAAACACAAACCACAGGAGGAAAGACUUAAAGACUGAACAGGCAAACUCGCAGUCACCAUGAUGCCUUCACUUCUCAUUUCAUUUGCGGGAACUUAAAAUCCAAAGACUGAAAAACAAAAUGUUUUGGGUGUAGCAGCUGUGGUCCUUCUCCGUGGAUGACGGGGAGGCGAUGCGAACAUUUCGUCCUUUAAACUUUCCUUUUUAUCAUUCUUGAUGGUGUGAAUCUUUGAAUCAUAGCAUGAGAACAGAUAUUUUGUACAUAUUUCCAAGACUUCCUACAUAUUUUUGCACGCAGCCACAAACCCUACGUUUUCACAGACACAUGCACGACUUGAUUGAAAUUCUUAUUGGCUGUUUGUUUCGAGGUGUUUCAAAGUUGAACAUGUUUAGGAUCAGUCCUAUUUCGUGUAUAAGGCUUAUGAUGUACUUGCUUUUUCAUAACAUGGUUUCAGAAGACCCCUGAAUCCCCAUUUAAACAGGUCGCGUGUUGUGCUCACUGAUGGCUAUUUCCCCAGUUGUAAAGGAAAAAACAAACAAGCCAAUCAGAGCUUUGCGGUCAGUAUUUAGAAUAAGGACACCAUGUUCCUGUGCCAGAGUGAAAAAAGUAGCCACAAAAAUGGUGGAUAAGAUGUUUCUAAGUAAAUUUACAGAAAUAACAACUCUUAAAUCAUUGACAGAACAAUAUCACCAAGGUCCAUUUAAUGGGAAUUUUCAAUUGUAUCACACAAUUUUCAUUCACUGAUUGAGUUUUCCCAGUUUUGUCAAGGAAUUUUCAAUUGACAGUGCUAAAAAAGUCAACAAGUCCCUGUGCAAACUAUCUGCUGAUGAAAAUCAUGUGAUACUGAAAGCUUCACAACAGCUACUGAAUGGACCUGAUUGUUCUGUAUACACUUUCCAACUUCAGCAAUGAACUUUCGACCUCCAACCUUUAAAUCAGCGUAUUUCUUUGAUCAGCACAACGAAUGCUGAUGAUGUGAGGAUUCAAAAAUUUUUGCCCCGAUCAGUAAGUACGUGUUUUAGCAGCCUGGCGUGUUGAUUUUUUUUUGUAACGGUUUUCAAUAAGAGCGAAGCAUUGUGGUUGCUGCUUUGCAUUGCUGAGCACCUUGUAUUUUUCAUCUUUAUACACCUUGCAUUUUUGCAGGAGCACCCUGAACGCUUUGAGUAGAAUCAAAUUCAUCUCAGAGCAGAAAACACCAAACAUCAUUGGUGUUUUUCCCUGUGGUCCAAUCAGAUGAAUUGAGAGGCGGACCUUCUGUGGUGGUGAUAAAAACAAGUUAGCGGAGCACCGUACAUGGUUUGUGUUAAGAUAACCUUAGCUCCCUUUCAACAUUGUGCUAGCAAGCUGCGAGAUAUAUCUGAACACAUUGUUGCCUCACCUACUUUGUAAAGUUUUACUAACCAUAACUUGGCCGAACGAUUGACAGUAGAUUAUCAAACUGUCUCUGACUCCUCCUGAAAUAAGCCUUGAUCUGACCAUUAUCCAGGCAAAGCUCCCAGACCAGCUGGUGGUACUUCCUGUGAUUUCUCCUCUCUCUGACAGUCUUUGUACCCAUACAGAUCUCCAUUUUCCUGUAACCAACGUACAUACAUAUGCCUGUCCAUUUUUAUGCAUUUUUAAGGUACCUAGUUUGCCUCACAGCAAAAUAGAGGUGAGGCAAAGUACAUACUUCACUUGUUGUGAAUGAAAUGAAAAAAAGAUGCAGCAAGCUGCAAAACGCACAGUCUGAUCAGGUCCUAAAGAUCAUGGCCAGAUCAUCCCUGGACAAUACCAGAGUAUCUUCCUGUAGAACUUAAGAUUGUAAACACAAACAAUCGCAUGAACUCAUAACUCUCAGAGUUUUGUUCUCAGAGUGCUCAGAGCACAGCCGUUACUCCUUCGCUUUGAAAGGGGCCAGUUGAGGUAGUUCGGGCAUCUGAUCAGGAUCCUCCUGGUUGCCUUACGUUAGCGGUGUUCUGGGCACGUCCCACUGGUAGGAGGCCCCAGGGCAGACCCAGAACACACUGGAAAUGCCUCGGGAUCCUCCAGGAGGAGCUGGAAAGCAACACUUGGGAGCCUCUGGAGUACUUUGUUCAGCCUGCUGCCCCCGUGACCCAACCUCGGAUAAGUGGUUGAAAACAGAAUGAAAAAAAAAACAAAAAAACAUGGUGGGACUCGAGAAAGUCACCAUACUACUAAAAAGACAUUGCAAGAUACACGAACUGGGUUAAAAGCAAAUAUACAAAACAAAACACACCGUCAUACUCACAGUAAAUCCACUUAGAGAUGUUGAGUUAAAGUGGACGUGAAGUCUUAUAUGAAGUUUGUAUUCUUCCACAAACAAAGAGUUUAACCACAAAAGAGUUUAAUCUAUUUAUUUUGUUUUGUACUCAUAUCGUGUGGCCUUCUGUAAAAGCAGCUGAUAGUUGUCUCACUUUGGUACGAAGCCUUUGUAUUUCGCAGUCUGAAACUGUUGUGAUAUUUUUGUAAACUGAGCAGCGAUGUGACGUCUGUGAGCUCUGCAUGAAAAUAUUGGAAAUGUUCCGUUUUCACCAGUAGAGGGCAGAAUACAGUCAGACACAGAGUCCUGCAUGGGUCCAUUUUUGAAAACCCGCACCCGCUCAUACCAAUAAAGCUCGGUACCAGAACCGACCCUUUACCCGUCAUAUGUCUAAGGCAAAGCUGCACCCGUUAAUAAAAGUCCCACGACCCAACCCGCACCUGUGAUUAAACCCACCCAGGCUCCAGUCCCUCACAUUAAGCUUGGCUCUCCGUUCUUGAAUUCCAAAUCCAGUGGAGGAGACGUCUCUUUCACUGGAUGGUGAAAACAUUCAAUCAUUGCCAGGUUAGGAAACAUUCUAGCGUGCUCCUUCCACCACCAGCAAACCUCCAAAGGAUCCUCCUUGGGUGUCUUGAACUCCAUGUAGGCUGCCACCUCAUCCUCGGGCUGCAAAGUUUCAUGGCUGGAGUCCUCCACGUCUGUGACCAAUGUGACCACGGGGUCAAAGGUUACACUUGUGUCACUGGCUUUCAAAAUAAAAGGAACUGCAGCUUGAUAAAAGUGAUUUAGAUCACCUUUUAGGACUGAUGUGUUGAUGACAUCAUGUUAUCACCUGGAGGUGCAGCUGCCUCUCCCCCACAGGGCUGUAGGCUACACAGGAGUCUUAAAACGUGUUUGUCUUGUUGUGUUAUUGGAGCCAGAAUAGAAGGAGUCAUGGCUCAAAACCAGCCGCCACUGCCCGUCAACAAAAACAACUAUGGUUAAAUGUGAUAAGACCAAAGGACUGGACGGAGGCCAUCAUCAAAAAUGCUCACAUGUGCAGCGCACACUUCAUAUCAGGUUAGGGAAAAAGUAUUUCCUGUUGUAGGGAUGAAUAACGUUAUGUGUAUUAAGGGUUAUCAUGUCCACCUCAUCAGAAACUGGGGAGGGAUUAAGAGGAAUAUCGGAGAAUUGUUUUGCCUCCAGCUAAGCCCCGCCCACCAAAAAACGUCAUACUGUUUACUAACAGUACAAGGGUCUAUCCUGCACCUCUUUUCAUUUGUUUUAUUUUUAAAAAUAACAAUAUUUUGGUUCUCACACGCUGCCCCCGUCAGCUUUUUGCGGGUCGCCUGUCAGAAACCCGACCCCGUGCAGGACUCUGAUCAGACGCACCAACAAACCAGGCAGCGCUGGGCUUUAAAGGGACAGUUCAACAUUUUAGGAGAUACAGUUUCUUCUCUUUGUUUCAGACAGUGAGAUGUUCAGAUACAUAACACGUGGUUAGCCUAGCUUAGCAUAAAGACUGGGAACUGGGGGAACAGCUAGCAUGGUUGCCAGGAACUAUUUCUUGUCGGGAAGCCAGUGAGGGAUUUUGUCCUUGUUCCUGGUUUCCCUCUACAAUCUGAUUCUUAGUAGUCUCUCAAAGUUUAAAAACACUCCUAUGAACACCCUUAAAGUUCAGAGAUGAACCUUCAUGGCAUUAGUUUAAUAUGUGCAAAAACAGAAAUGUUCUAAAAUAACAAAUAAUAUUUAUGUUCCCACCACGGACUGACAGACCAGACUGCCUGGUUGAUUUAAAUGUUGGGCUGUAAACAAUAAAAAAAACACAAUUAGAACAAACAGUGAUUUUUAAAAAAUGUGUUUGGACCAGAAUAUUUAUGUUCAUAUCAUGUCUUUGUGAUAUUUUGUGGUGGUGAGAUGAGCUUGAGUAUCAUGGAUUUAUUUGUAUAUACUGGGAAUAUAGUAUUUUAUGACAUGUCAGCUGUUUGUAGAUGAUUAUUAUUAUUAUUAUUAUUGUUAUUGUUACAGUGGCUGCCAUGGUAGCUGAAGAAAUGUUCUGACUCUCGCUCUGUCUCUCAGUUCAAAAAAGCUUUAUGGGCAUGACUGUUAAAAACAAAUCUAAAUCAAUUUUGCCAAAGCAUUUGAUCUGUUUGAAAAAUAAAAGCUGGGAAAAAAAAUGGGGUUUGUUUUUCAUGU